AUGGUUGAAAAUACCGAGAAUACGGAGAAGGACAGGAACAAGAAAUGGGAGGCGGCAUGGAAAGCCCGAAUGAGGCAGAUUGUGCCAGGUUUUUUCCUUGGAAAUGUCGAGGCAUCACACAAACGGGUAAUGCUUGAAGAAAAUCGAAUUAACGCAAUUGUAUCUCUUACUACUGCUCGGUGGGCGCGGUGGAACUCCACUACAAGAAAUGCAGGCAUCCCAGCACAUCGUCACAAAUGGGUACAGUGUGCAGAUUCGUCGACACAAGACCUCCUCGUUUAUAUGAGUGAUAUCUGCGACUUUAUCGACCAUAUGGCAUCCCCUGCUCUUUCAUCGUUGUCCUCCUUGCCCGAGCAUGAAAGCGACACGAAUGAUGAGCCGUCCGAAGCACCGGAGGCCAUAUUAAUCCACUGUGAUCUUGGGAUAUCUCGCUCGCCAACGAUUAUAGUUGCCUAUCUCAUGCGUAAACUCUGCAUGCAGCAAGCGGACGUAUUGGAUUUCGUUCAAUCAAAACAAAGAGUCAAACCGAGCCCGAAUUUUACUCGUCAACUUCAAAUUUGGGAGGAGGUUGGAUAUCAAGUAUGGGAGGACGAGGACAAGACAGUCCCGACAGCACCCUACAAGGCAUAUUUGAAGGAUCGACGUGCUCUCCUGGACAAGAAAGGGCUCACCGGGGAUGAGCCGCUCGCGCCUCUAAUUUUGUGA